AUGGCCCUUGCAGCAAGUGAGCUACAGCCAGGACUCGUCUCCUGGGCAGUCCUUGGUGAGCAUUGGGACUCCUUGCCUGAUGCAGUACAGAGUGUGCUCCGAAAGAAUGGGUUGGCCCCAUCGCAGCCCGCUGAACAAGAAGAUCCGCUGAUCAAACUGUUGCAGCAGCACAAGGAUGCUUUGCCGGACCAGAUCAAGGCAGAGCUUGACAAGAGGGACCCUGAGCCUUUUGAAGUUGCCCUUGCUACCCAAGAUGCUUUCAAGACUGCAGUGGGAAAGCUGAGGGAAUUGGGCAACAGGAAGCUGCUUUUGCAGCAACGCAUUGACAAUGCAAAGGCUGCAUUCACGGCAUUGCUUUCGCAGAUGCAAAACUUGCAGGCGGAAAUCAAGGAAGCUGAGCAGAAAGUUGAAAAAGUUGGGGGAGACUACCACGAGAAAGUCCUCAAGACCGACGACGAAGCCGAUCCUAUGGAUGUGGAAGCUGUGUUGGGUCAGCUUGGUGUCCAGCUGACCCAGGAGCAGCAGGCUACUUGGAAAGCCAUUCAAGCCGAGCAUGCAUCCAAGCGCCGCAAAGCCGAGGCUAUGGAAUCUCCGCCAGGCCUUGGGCUAGGAGAUAUGCUGGGUGCUGGGGCUCCAACCAAGCCGCUGGUCUCCCCACAAAAGCUUGGCCCCGCUGAAAAUCCCCAUCAAAAGCAUGAGAGAAGCCGUUCCCCCAAGGAGAGGGAAGGAAAGGACGGAGAAUCUGAAAAGUAG